AUGGAAAGUGUCAAUCAGACCCUGCAGGUGACCGAGUUCUUGUUUCUGGGUUUCUCUGGCAUGCCCAGAGGACGCCCCUUCCUCUUUCUGCUGUUCCUGGCCAUCUACCUCAUCACCUUGUUGGCCAACUCAAUGAUAUUCGUCUUGAUCCAGGUGGAUUCACGACUCCACAGUCCCAUGUACUAUUUCCUCAGCCAUCUGUCCUGCUUAGACAUUUGCUAUUCCUCGGUCACCCUCCCCACCAUCCUGGUGAACCUCCUGCGCCAGCAGCCCACCAUCUCCUACAAUGACUGCAUGGCCCAGAUGUUCUACCUCAUGAGCUUUGCGGGAACUGAAUCUGCAUUGCUGGCCGUGAUGGCUUAUGACCGCUAUGCGGCCAUCUGUGAACCUUUGCGCUAUACAGAACUCAUGAGUACUAGGGUGCGAGUCCCUCUGGCUACAGCUUCAUGGAUCUGGGGCAUGGUUGACUCUGCCAUUCACACUGCGCUGGCCACCGAUUUGGCCUUCUGUGGAAACAACCAGAUCCAUCACAUCUUCUGCGAUGUCCCCCCUCUCUUGAAAAUUGCCUGCAGCGACACUUAUGUCAAUGAGAUGACUCUUCACAUAGCAAGCGCCUUUGUGGGUCUGAGCCCUUUCCUCCUCGUCAUCAUUUCAUACGUCUACAUCUUAUCUACAAUUCUGAGGAUCCGUUCCAGCACUGGAAGGCGAAAGACCUUCUCCACCUGUGCUGCCCACUUGACUACGGUCAUCGUCUACUUUGGGAUGAUCAACUUGAAUUACAACCGUCCCAGUGCGGGCUACUCCUUAGAGGUGGACACCUUGAUCUCCAUCUUAUAUUGUAUUGUCCCCCCCAUGCUGAACCCCCUAAUCUACAGCUUUCGAAACAAGGAGGUCAAAGGGGCCCUACAAAAGCUUCUGCAAAUUCAGGAGAAAGAUGAUCUACCUUUGAGGGACAUCAUGGAAGGUGGCAACCAGACCCUGCAGGUGACCGAGUUCUUGUUCCUGGGGUUCUCCGGCAUGCCCAGAGGUCAACCUUUCUUCUUUCUGCUGUUCCUGGCCAUCUACCUCAUCACCUUGGUGGCCAACUCGGUCAUACUCCUUUUGAUCCAGGUGGAUUCACGCCUCCACAGUCCCAUGUACUAUUUCCUCAGCCAUCUGUCCUGCUUGGACAUUUGUUAUUCCUCAGUCACCCUCCCCACCAUCCUGGUGAACCUCCUGCGCCAGCAGCCCACCAUCUCCUACAACGAGUGCAUGGCCCAGAUGUUCUUCCUCAUGACCUUUGCGGGAACUGAAUGCGCACUGCUGGCCGUGAUGGCCUAUGACCGCUAUGCGGCCAUCUGUGAACCUUUGCGCUAUACUCAACUCAUGGGUAAGUGGGUGCGAGUCCCUCUGGCUAUAGCUUCAUGGAUCUGGGGCAUGGUUGACUCUGCCAUUCACACUGCACUGGCCACCGAUGUGGCCUUCUGUGGAAACAACCAAAUCCAUCACAUCUUCUGCGAUGUUCCCCCACUCUUGAAAAUUGCUUGCAGUGACACUUAUGUCAAUGAGGUGGCUCUUCACACAGCAAGCGCCAUUGCGGGGCUGUGUCCUUUUGUCAUUGUCAGCAUUUCCUACAUCUACAUCCUAUCAACAAUUUUGAAGAUCCGUUCUAACACUGGAAGGAGAAAGACUUUCUCCACCUGUGCUGCCCACUUGAUUACGGUCAUCCUGUACUUUGGCAUGAUCAACUUGAAUUACAACCGUCCCAGGGCGGGCUACUCCUUGGAGGUGGACACCUUGGUCUCCACACUGUAUUGUAUCGUCUCCCCCAUGCUGAACCCCCUAAUCUACAGCCUCCGAAACAAGGAGGUCAAAGGGGCCCUACAAAAACUUCUGAGUGGUUAG